AUGAAGCCAAAUGAUAUAGAGUUUGAGCUCUCAGAGCUGUUUGAAAUUCGCACAACAAAAUACGGUGGCCGCGCUUGUUUUGCGCGACGUGACAUACCAGUAGACACUGACGUUCUUGUACUGCAUAGAGCUUUAGGAUCUAUAGUUUGCCAUGAGUUUCGCAAGGAGGUCUGCUGUGUAUGCUUCCUCUAUGACAAUGGGCGCACCAUGAAAGUGAGGCUCAUGGAAAAAUGCCCGAAGCUAGCACCCAAGGGCGCUGGGCUGUGGUUUUGCAGUGAAAAGUGCCGGCACGACUUCUUGAGCCGGGACCGCAUCGAAAGUCUUAUAGAGGCCUAUGAGCUAUUCGAGACAAACUGGCUAUCCCGUGCUUCCGAUCGUGCAGGGCUUGAAGAUUGCCAGACCGCUGAUCCAGAGCAUCAAAUAAGCAAAACCGACAUACAGCGCAUGUGGGACGGGUUGGAGCAUAGCUGGGUCCCGAUGAUUGACCGCAUGAAACUUAUACGGCAGCGAUCACAGCUUCCAGUACUCAACGAAGACGAGUAUGGCUGUGUUAGAUUCGUGGCGCACUGUCUCUUCACGCUCGCGACUGCUAAUAAAAGCUGCGUACAAAUGCAGGCGUUCCGCUCGCUGCAAUCGAAUGAACUUGUAAAGAUUCAACAAUAUCCGAUACUGCUGAAAGUCCAGGAAAACGUUUUUAAGACCUUGUACGUUUUGUUACCGCCUCAACUGAAGCCGAUGCUGACAUCCGCUAUAUUCAGACAUAUAUUGGGCUCGGAGUACGGCAACUCGUUUGGGAUAUGGGAAUCGGCAGAGUGCAGCGAAAGUAGAGAGUACCUGGGAUAUUGCGUUUUACCGGAAGCGUCGUAUUUCAAUCAUUCGUGCGCUCCAAAUCUUGCAAAACGCCGUCAAGGCGAACGAAUGAUUUUUACGUUGAAUUCGCCAGCUCAAAAGGACCAAGAGCUUUGCAUUGACUACAAAGGAAUCCUGGGCCUGCCAGUUAAAGAAAGACGCUGCAUUUUACAGGAAAACUGGUUUUUUGACUGUGGAUGCGAGAGGUGUCUGCGAGAAAUGGUCGAGGGAUAA